AUGCUCGUAUUUCGAGAUUCUCAUACCAAGCUUACUGUCUCUCUCAUAAUGAUGCCGAUUUCGAUCAACAUUGCCGUCCAGAAGCCGCUCCCCGGGGUCGCGCCUGACACGACCAGCACCAAGACGGUUCAGCGGCAGUCCAUGCAACAGCCGGCAAAUCGGCUCAGGUUCGACCUGAAAUGCCGCUACUACGCAACUCGAGAUGAUAUUCCCCAGUGCUUGACAUCAUUGUGGAGGUAUCUGCUUCUCCCAAAGCACCAAAAACAACUGGCAGGAUGGGAGUUGCUGGGGAGAAGGUUGAGACGUGGGCAAAAUAUCGAGGACAAGACGCCGAAGAUUGUAUUUUUGGAAAUGAGGUUUGCUCAUAUUUGGCUGACCUACGACCAAAUGGGCGUUGCGAGACGUGCGUUUCUGGAUACUAUGGAAGCCCUUAGAGACAUCAUGUCAGGGUUGGCAAGGGCGAAUGCCGACGAGCGAGGCACUCUCGAUUGGAGGAAGGUUUUUUCGUUUGCCUGUCAUCCUCGCAUUGCCAGUGACUGUAAAAGGCCGUGGGGCAUCGAGCCAGCAGGAUAUUACUGUCACCCUCUCGAACAGGGUGGGCCAAGUGGUAGUGCGCAGAAGGCAACCCAGGAGCUUCUCCUCAAGUACAUGGAGGUGACAGAUCCCGUUUGUGGAAUGAAAUUGGCAACGACCUCGAGUUCCGUCGCCCUUCGAGAGGCUCGCAGGCGAGUUGACCGGAGCGACGACAACACACAACCUCUCUGGAAUGCCAUUAUGUUUUCUUCGGUUCUCGGGCCCAACCCUCUUCAGCUCGAUGUUGACUUGGCCGUCUUCACAACAAAGAAGGUCGUCAAGUGGUACGACGAGCUUCUUUCCUUGUCGUCUGAACGGGGGUACGCCGCAUCAGAUAGAGUGUCGGUCACAUCCGAGUCCGCGUCUGAGAAGACUCUCUGUGGUGAGAAAGAUUGGGGUUUAGGCAAGGUGACUGUUGUUGAAAUCGAGGAUGUCAGGGAUUCGGCGAGGUACGAGGAUCGAGAGGAGCUGGCUCAGCCCAGAAAGGCAAGAUGGUGGAGAAGAGCGCUGGCAUCUUUCGUCACCAAAGUCCGGGCCUCGCAUCGCCAACGGCAACAGGAGGAGGCAAGCAAGCUCGCAGUGGCGCAACGACCCGGAGUUACCAUGGUCGAGGUUAGCAAAGUGACGACUGUCAAUAUUGACCACUUGUCGUGUGAGCGACGGCGGACGCAGGCGAUCCGCGAGAAAGUGGGCAAAUUGAACCGGGCAGACGAUGCCAUGAUGCAGGGAGUAAGAGAUAUUUUGGAGCGCAGCAAGAAACUCAACAAGGAGCUCAAAAGCUUGCAAAAGGACCUGAUGAAGUACGCCUAUCGUCGCUCGCGUGGGGGUGUGUCCUUGUGGGCUCCUGAAGAAGCGCGUUUGCGGGGCUCAACGUUCUGGCAGCAGCAGCAGGGACAGCACGGACAGACCCUUGAUGCAGACAGCGCGGCGGGAAGGCCUUGGGGCGCGCCGUUGGACGAUCAUCGCUGUGGCCACGGUACCCUGCAGCCUAGGGCGUUUUCUCUGUCUGCCAUUCUGUGCACAAGGCGACGUGCGCAGGCCAUGGAGACAGGAAAUGGCGACAUAAGCGGCUUGUCCAUUUGGCGUCGUCACAGUUUCCUAUUUCGUGGAAUGCUCUUGAUAAUUCUUGUUUCCCACGUUCGAUACCUCAAUAUUCGGGGAUGUGCGCCCCUGAGAUGA